AUGGAUAUCAAUCAUCAGAAGUUUACAAGCACCACAUGGGAGCUUGAAAUGGCCAUGGAAGACCAAAUUCCCCACAACCAAAUUCCCUUUGACACACUUUGGCCUAGCUUCCCUCUCCAAAACCAUCAACCACCCUCCACUUCAACACAACUACCUGUCUCCAGUUUUUCGGGAGAUCAAGUGGGAAAUCAGCAGAUUACAGAAGAAGAAGAGCCAGAAGAAGAGCUGGGAGCCAUGAAAGAGAUGAUGUUCAAGAUCGCAGCGAUGCAACCAGUGGAUAUCGAUCCAGCUACAAUUCGUCGCCCCAAAAGGCGAAACGUGAGGAUCAGUGAUGACCCGCAAAGUGUCGCCGCACGCCUCCGCCGAGAGAAAAUAAGUGAAAAAAUUCGAGUUCUUCAAAGAUUGGUCCCUGGGGGAAGCAAAUUGGACACUGCAUCCAUGCUAGAUGAAGCCAUUCUAUAUGUUAAGUUCUUGAAAAGAUUAAUUCGUCAACUACAAGCUGAUCAUCAUCCCCCAGGUAUUGGAAGUACAACGUGCCCCCCUACUGGAGAUUGGCCAAUUACAUUCACGUCCACAAAUGUUCACGACUCCGCCACCACCUCCUCCGUGGAACACCCGGUGGCAGGUUUGAGGUAUACAUUCGGAGGCGGUGGUGGUAUUGAUGCUAUGUGCUUCAACCACAAGGAGGGGGAAAAAAGCCAAUUUGUGUAA